AUGGCGCCUCCCGAACAGCCUCAACCGACAGUGACGGUGAAUCAAGUAGAAGAAGGUAUUACGAGCUUAAGACCCCCGGAUAACCUACAAAACUUAACGGCAGAAGAAUUUAAAAGAUGGGAGAAAAGAUUCGAGAGAUACAGAAAAGCGUCAGGUGCACACAAGAAAAGUGAAGAUGUGCAACUGGAAGCUCGUACUAAACUGGAUCAAAAGCAACUAAAAUUGGAUGGAUCUGUUCCUGCUGAGGACGGCCGUGCCAAGGAACCGCAACGAAUGGUGUUGUGCAAUCAACUUGACGCUGAUAUGAAAGCUGAAAUCAUUUGGGCAAUCAAAAAUGUCCAUAGUAAUAUGUCAGCAGCAUCAUGUGAUGAUUUGAAAGAAGUUUUCCAAGCCAUGUUUCCAGGAGCUAUUUCUGAGAAGUUCAGUCUCGGCCGUACAAAGCUAGGAUACUUAAUCACUGAGGCCUUAGGACCAUAUUUCAAGAAAAUUCUUACCGACGAUGUUCAGCAGUCUACAAAUUACUGUCUCUCAUAUGACGAAACAACUAAUGUAGAACAUAAAAAAGAGUUGCAGGUUAGAGUCCGAUAUUUUUCUGAAACUAACAAAGAAGUUGUUGCCCAUCAUGUACAAACAUUUUUCAUGGGUCAUGCAACUGCCGAAGAAUUAGCUAAAUGCAUCAAUAAAGCUAUUGUGGAAGCUGACUUUCUACAGGAUAAGUUAAUCAUGCUGGGCGCUGAUGGUCCGAAUGUUAAUAAAAAAGUAUGGUCAAUCUUAAAUACAGAAGUAAAUCAACUGCGUGGCAAGGGACUACUUGAUAUCGGAUCGUGUAAUAUUCAUAUUAUUCACAAUGCAUUUCUAAAAGGCCUCAGUGAACUUGGCAACGAAGUCAGUGACCUCAUAUUGCAAAUUUACUAUUUUUUCCAUGGGUGGCCAUCUCGCUGUGAAGACUUUGAGAAGUGUCAGAUUGAAGAAAAUCUUCCAACUAACCACUUCAUCAAACACGUAGCGACUCGAUGGCUGACACUAGAACCUAGUGCACAACGCGUUUUGGAACAGUGGGAAGGACUUACCAGGUAUUUUCUACGGUUUAUCCCGAAUAAGAAAGAUUGCAAGCAACUCAUGGCAUCACAAAAGUACCUUACGAUAUGUAAAUACAUACGGCAGAAAGAUAUGAAAGCUCAAUUCUAUUUUGUCAUUGAUAGUGCUGCUAUUUUCACUAAAUUUUCGUUACAAUUCCAAAAAGAGGAACCUUUAAUACAUAUUUUGUUUGACGAACUUCAAAAUGUAAUACUUACACUCGCUGGUCGAGUUUGUAAAGUUGAGAGCCUAAAGAAUUAUAAGAAAAAUGAUAUGAAAGGACAUAUAUUAUUCGCGGACACCAAUUUAUGUCCAAUAAAUUCUAUCGUGAUUGAUAAAACAGUGCAAGAAUGUCUCAAUGACAAUGCAUUGAGUGAUAAGGAGAGACAACACUUCUUGCUGCAAGCUCGAAACCACUACAAAGAAGCAGCAUUGCACAUCUUGAAGAAAUCCUCACUUCAAGCAUAUCCACAUUCAAAUCUCAUCUACUCGUGCCGAUGUCUACAACCACAGAGAAUAAAGCGAACCAUAAGCUGCUCACACAUUGUAAAAAUAGCGGAAGCAAUGCCAUUGCUGGAGGCUAUUUCAUCAAGUACACUCUUAGAUGAAUGGAAACUCCUACAAUUAGAAGAUCUACCAGAACUUGAACAAGAUCGUAUCGAUCAUUACUGGCAGAAAAAUGUCUUCAGUGUGAAAGAUUCAAGUAACAUCCAAAAGUAUCCAUAA